AUGAGUGAUGAAGCCAGACUAUUGGUGAAUGAUGAGCCUGAGAUAUCUCCCGACUUACCUGCAAACGACGAACUAAAAUCCAGCAAUGAAGAAUCCAACACCCAAUUGAAAACAUAUCCAUCUGGCUAUUUAACCCGGGAGCAACGAGAGGCUCGUUUAAGAAAAUGGGCAGUCGACCACAAUGAAGAUCCUGACAAAUUCGUUACUGUAACUGAAAAAGAUAAGCUCUAUUCCAUAGCAUUCCGUGAUAGAAUGCAGACUGAUGCGAGAAUGUGUGGUUUUGCAAAGGAGGCUGAAGAAGACCCCAGUGAAUAUAUGGACAUGACAGUGCGAGAAAGAUUAAUAAGUGAAGAAAUAAUCCGCCGUUCUCUCGAGGAAGAUGGAAUCACCUCAUCAUGGCUGGAUACUGACGAGGGAUGGAAAAAAAACAGUGAGCAUACUCCAGGCAAAUGUAACACACCAAUCAUGUACACUGAAGAGCCGGAAUAUAAUAAAGAGACGAUUACCUCAGAUAAGUUAUUCAAAUUAGCUAGGCGAUCGAAAAAACCAAAAAUCUAUAACCCCAAAACUAAUCGUAUGAUUGUAAUCGAUGGACCAGCAUAUAAUAUCUUGAUACGCGAUGGUUAUAUGCAUUGGAAAGAGGAAAAAGUUUUAGUCCCUCCAAUUCAUGAAAAAUUAGUAUUGGGUAAAUGGUUUAUGUUCAUAUCUAAUCGUAUUUGGGAUAUUGCACACAAUCCAGAAAAAAGUUUACUUUCAUUAAUUGAUAGAAAAACAAGUUUAUUACAAGUAUUACUCGAAGUAUAUAAUGAUUAUGCUAUACGUAAGUUGUUAAAAAUAGACUGGAAUAGCAGAGAAACUCGGAAAUGGAGAAAUGAUACACUUGCAAGAUUCCUUCAUCAUCCAAAUUUAACUCCAUCAAAGCAUAAACCGAAUGCCUUAUAUGAUGCACUCACCAAGGCAGACGUUCUAGAGCCAGAGCAUAUAUUAAUUCUAGCUCGAGCAUUAUACUAA